GAGCAGCGGAGACACUCCCUCUCCCCCCUCUCUCUCGCUAUCUCCCUGCCGGGGGAGUUCAUGUGUCUGGGUGUCACUUCCCUGAUGAAUGGAGCAGGUUUAUGAGCAGCUUUGGUCAGCGGGCAGAGAGAUGCAGAACAGAGGCUCAGGUGGGGACGGUCUGAGAAGACAACUGAAGAGGCUUUGGUUGAACCACGGCCUCCGGUACCUGCUCCUGUGCUGUCUGGCCCUGCUUGUAUGGUUAUCCAGCAACUCCCUGUCCUGGUGGGAUGGCUUUCCACUCAAAGACCACAACCAGUGGUUUGUAAAUACGGUUCAGCGCCCUCCUUCUUACCGUGACCGAUCAAACAACACAUUUGAACCAAUUAAAACCACAGAAGGAUCUACUGUCCCUCCUAAUGUACCUCGUCCUGUGUCUACUACCCUACCUCCCAAGGGUCUUCAGUUCCAUCAAGCCUACCCACGUAACUACCACUUCAUAAUGGAUAACAAAGAAGUCUGCAAGACCAAGACCCCCUUACUGGUCUUGUUGGUUCCAGUGGCACCUAAGAACGUGGCGGCUCGGGACGCUAUCCGGCAAACGUGGGGCAGCAGCAGUGAGGUUCGGGGGGAUGUGGUGCUCACCCUGUUCAUGCUGGGCCUCUAUAGAGCAGCCGAUGUGGAUGUGGUGCAGGAGAAGCUUCAACAGGAGAACCUACUGCACCACGACUUGAUCCAGAGUGACUUCCUGGACACUUACCUGAAUCUGACAAUCAAAACCAUGGUGAUCAUGGACUGGCUGGUCACUCGCUGCCCCGAAGCAGCGUACGCCAUGAAGGUGGACUCGGACAUUUUCCUGAACAUUGACAAUUUAGUGAUGAUGCUACAGAAGCCAGACAUCCCUAAGCUGAACUACCUGACCGGGAUGCUCAUGUGGCACAGGCCGGUCAUCCGCUCAAAGAGCUCCAAGUGGUACGUCCCUGUGGAGAUGUACCCGGAACCUUUCUACCCCACCUACACUCUGGGAAUGGGAUAUGUCUUCUCCAACGAUCUUCCAAAGAAGAUUGUGGAGGCUUCAAAAUCGGUCAAUCACUUUACCAUAGAGGACGCUUAUGUUGGAGCUUGCAUGAAAAAGUUGGGACUUUCGCCCCGACCUCCGCCCAAUCCGUCCCAGUUCAGGGCCUAUAACCAGAAGUAUGAUCGCUGCCAAUACUCCAAGAUCAUCACUUACAUCCUGGGGUCUCCCAAACAGCUGGUGGAUUACUGGACAGACUUGAAGAGGCCUGAACCCCCUUGUUAGGACACUGACUGUCACCUGGAUGCAGGAAACUGGAAGGUUGAUUUAUUUGUGUGUUUCUUUUGGGGGGGCAAUAGCUCAAUCCGUAUGGAUUGGAAAUGGAAGGAUCCCGGCUCCUAGACUGGACAAAAUACCAAGUGUAAACUCGUACCAUGUAUCAUUCCGCCUCCGGAGCACUGCCAGGGUUUUGUACUGCCUUUGAGCAUGGCACCAGACCCCACACUGCUCUGAUAACAACAGAAAUGAGAAUUUGUGGUCCCCAACGGGAAAACAGGUUUCUCAUCUGCAGUAAAGAAAUGGUCAUGAGAUACUUUCUUGACUUUUGAUCAAUCAGAGCAGAGUGGGCUCUGGUUUCAGACAGAGGGCAAAAAGAUGUGCUGCAAAUAAAGAGCUUUUUAAACAUUAAAGCAUGGAGACAUGUCCCUGUAAAAAAUGAACUGAUAUACACCUGAACAUCAGCAGGAGAUGUCCUUUUAAAACUUGAUCUGGUUCUGGCUUAGUUUCACACCUUCGGUCCCCCAUAGCAGAGUCACAGUAAUAUAUGGAAUCCUUAACACCAUCAGAAGAGAAGAAGAAGGAACCCUUACUGGUCCCACAGAGGGGAAAUUCACAUCCUGCAUGUGACCCAUCCCAGUGUUAGGAGCAGCGGGCUGCCAUAUGUACAGCGGUGCAGGGUAGGGAACGGUGCCUUGCUCAGGGACACCACGGUCGCACUUGGUCUUGGGGAGUUGAACUGGUGACUUUCCAGUUCCCAGGCUAAGUCCCUAUGGCCUAUGGACACCACCCAUUAUCAGAGUAAUUACACAGGUCUGUAAAUCCUGUGGAUCCCCCCGUAAGAACAUAACUCAAACAAAAUGGACACUGCUUUAUGUGUUCUUAUACUGCUGUUUUUUUAAAGUUAAACUGGUCCUAACUCAAAUAUAUUUUUUAUAGCUGUGUUUUUAUUCCAGUUCCAGUUAAACACUUUAGGAAUGGAAAUGCAAACUUAGUGAGGACUCGAGUUCUAGGGUGUGAAACACGCUCAGCAGGGAUUCUGUCACCAGCACGUGUUAGAGGGCGGUGGCUCAGGAGGUGCAGCAGGUCUCUGGAUCAUCAAUGCCAGGAUGUACAGUGUGGUUGUGAGGAAGUUGACUCAGAAGGUGAAAGAAAUAUUUGCAAGAGGAUUAUUUAUAAAGGAUGCAGAAACCAGGGCUGUGUGGUUGGGCAGCUCUCUUACUCUCAUGUGGUAACGCUACCUUUACUGAACCUUACUUCAAACUUCUUCUGUCCUCAGUUUAGUUUGUAGAAACCAAAUAAGUACCUCACAGUGUUCACACAGGAGGAUACAGGGUAUGGAGUUACAGAUUCAAACCGGUUUAGAGAGAUACCUGCGGACCAGCAUUUCUCCACUUCCUCUAUCAGGACUGAGGCAUGCCGGGAAUGCUGUACUUGUGCUGUUGUUUUCCCUCCUACUCUUUUCUCUUCUCCCCCUCUCUUCACUGCAGCUGAUCAGUACCUGCUGGUGCACCUGAGACUGACAGCUGACUGGAGAAACGGCAGCUUCAGAAAGGAUGCAGACACAGAGACACAGAUGUUCCAAAACACAUGAAACAAACCUCUGCAGCAGCUUGAGGAAACAUCCAGCCUAUCCACCUUGUAUCAUUUAUUCCAACAUUGUUGUAGAAUUCUUCUUCUUUGACAUUUCUACAGAAGCUGAAAUUAAAGGGAAUUUAAAAACUGA